CUACUCUUAAAAAAACAUGGCUGCCACAGUUUACAGUAGAUCUAUUACAAGGUUACUAACCAAAAGAAAUUUAACUAGAAAUAAAAAUAAAAGAUUUGUUUGUACUAAUCCUCCAGCUCCUUCUUCACCGCGGUGGAGAAAUGUUUUCAAGUCAGAUGGCCAGUAUGUGUCGAGGCCUGUUGAUGGGCUGGGGACAUUUAGUUGGUUGUCUCAGUAUGGACCCCAGUUCCAUCUUAAAGGGGAGCAGGUCCAAGUCAUCAGUGAACCAGCACAGUUUUAUGAAGUUUUAAAGCUCAAAUCCAGAAAGGCUAAAAAAAGAAUCACCUUUGCAUCCUUAUAUCUAGGCAAUGGAGAUCUGGAAAAAGAUUUAGUAUCCUGCAUUCGAGAAGCCUGCCUCAGCUCAGUUGUCACAAGUAAUCCAAACUUUGAAGUCAACAUCCUCCUUGACUUCACAAGAGGCUCAAGAGGAAAGAGGAAUUCCAGAUCAAUGCUAAGGCCCUUGAUGGCAGAAUUCAACAACGUUAACGUCUCCCUGUACCACACGCCAGAUCUUAGGGGUCUGCUGAAGUGGAUUAUCCCAGAGCGCUUCAACGAAACCAUCGGCCUAACUCAUGUUAAGGUUUAUCUAUUUGAUGACAGUUUUAUUAUUAGUGGUGCUAACCUCAGCAACGAUUAUUUUACUGCCAGACAAGAUCGCUAUAUUUUAUUCAAUGAUUGUCCAGAACUAGCGGACUUCUUCAAUAAUUUUGUCAAGACGAUUAUGUCAUUUUCAUUUAGUUUGUCAGCUGAUGACUCGUUACAUUUAGCACCCGGCUGGACUCACCAUCCAUAUAAAAGUUUUGAUGGUGGUCAGCAGUUUAAAAUGUCAGCCAGAGAAAAAAUUGAGGCUUGUCUAGAUAUUUCGGAUAACCCAAAGCUGGAAGUGGAAAAUUCUGCUGACACAGUUAUCUACCCAUUGGUGCAGAUGGGACCAUUCAACGUCACACACGACUCACAGGCAAUGCUGGGUUUGUUGAGGUCGUCAACCCCUCAGGACCAUAUACUUCUCGCCUCAGGUUAUUUUAAUCUUACUGACCACUACAUGUCUGUUAUACUGGACCAGUCAGUUGGGAAAUUCAGCAUUUUAAUGGCAUCCCCGCAGGCGAAUGGAUUUCUUGGAGCUAAAGGUAUAGCUGGAGCCAUACCUUACUCAUACAUCUACCUGGCCCAUCAGUUUUACAAAAGGGUGUGCUCAAGGUGUCAGACACAACGGAUUCACCUGAUGGAAUACGUCAGAGAGGGCUGGACUUUUCAUGGGAAGGGCUUGUGGUACUACCUGCCCAGUCAGCCAUUGCCAACACUUACCCUUGUGGGAUCCCCGAAUUUUGGUCAUCGUUCAGUUUACAGGGAUUUAGAAUGUCAGGUUGCUAUAGUUACAGAAAACAAACACCUUCAGGAGCAGUUACGAGAGGAGCAUGUAAGAAUGUACUCCACAUCCCAGCCUGUUACAGAGAGUACAUUUGAAAGACGAGAUCGCUUUGUGCCGUUAUGGAUUAGAUUUGUUACGAAAAUAAUUAAAAACUUUUUUUAA